AUGAUGGCUUCUCUUGCCUUGUCUAGUCUUCCCACCUCCACCACUACCAAAAAACCCUUCUUUUCCAAAACAUCCUCGCAUGUGAAGCCAUUCCAUCGCUUCAAAGUUUCAUGCAAUGCACCCGCUAAUAAGAAUGACAAAACCGUCAAUAAUUCUGAUACCCCAAAGCUCAUACUACCCAAAACAUCACAUGAAAUGCAGAACGUAGACAGGAGGAACUUGCUCCUCGGACUCGGAGGUCUCUACGGCGCUGCCAACUUGACCACCAUUCCAUCAGCCUUUGGCAUUCCCAUCGCUGCUCCUGACAAUAUUUCAGACUGUGUUGCUGCGACGUCAAACCUAAGGAACAGCAAAGACGCUAUAAGGGGAUUAGCUUGUUGCCCUCCGGUGCUUUCAACAAACAAACCAACAGAUUACGUCCUUCCUUUAAACCCUGUGAUUCGUGUUCGACCAGCUGCACAGAAAGCCACUGCCGAUUACAUUGCCAAGUAUCAACAAGCAAUUCAAGCCAUGAAGGAUCUCCCGGAGGACCACCCACAUAGCUGGAAGCAACAAGGCAAGAUUCACUGUGCUUAUUGCAACGGUGGUUACAAUCAAGAACAAAGUGGUUACCCGAAUUUACAACUUCAGAUUCACAACUCGUGGCUCUUCUUUCCUUUCCACCGGUGGUACCUCUAUUUCUACGAGAAGAUAUUGGGGAAGUUGAUUAAUGAUCCAACUUUCGCUCUACCAUACUGGAACUGGGAUAACCCUACUGGAAUGGUUAUUCCUGCCAUGUUCGAACAGAACAGCAAAACUAACUCUCUGUUUGACCCUUUAAGGGAUGCUAGACACCUCCCACCUUCUAUCUUUGAUGUUGAAUAUGCUGGUGCAGACACUGGUGCCACUUGUAUAGACCAGAUAGCGAUUAAUCUGUCUUCAAUGUACAGACAGAUGGUCACCAACUCCACUGAUACAAAACGAUUCUUCGGUGGCGAAUUUGUAGCUGGAAAUGACCCUCUUGCGAGCGAGUUCAAUGUAGCUGGGACAAUAGAAGCUGGGGUUCACACCGCGGCUCACCGCUGGGUGGGUAAUUCAAGGAUGGCCAACAGCGAAGACAUGGGGAACUUCUACUCCGCAGGAUAUGAUCCUCUCUUUUACGUCCACCAUGCCAAUGUCGACCGGAUGUGGCAAAUCUGGAAAGAUAUUGACAAGAAGGCACACAAGGAUCCGACCUCUGGCGACUGGCUAAAUGCAUCAUACGUGUUUUACGAUGAGAAUGAAAAUCUUGUACGUGUCUACAACCGAGACUGUGUAGACAUUAAUCGGAUGGGAUAUGACUACGAAAGGUCAGCAAUCCCAUGGAUCCGUAGUCGGCCGACUGCACAUGCCAAGGGGGCUAACGUUGCUGCUAAGUCUGCCGGAAUCGUGCAGAAGGUGGAGGAUAUCGUAUUCCCGUUGAAGUUAAACAAGAUUGUGAAGGUUCUAGUGAAGAGGCCAGCUACAAACAGGACCAAGGAGGAAAAGGAGAAGGCAAAUGAGCUGUUGUUCUUGAAUGGAAUCACGUUUGAUGCUGAGCGGUUUCUCAAGAUUGACGUGUUUGUCAACGACGUCGACGAUGGAGUUCAGACCACCGCUGCUGAUAGUGAGUUCGCUGGUAGUUUCGCACAGUUGCCUCAUAACCAUGGUGACAAGAUGUUUAUGAAGAGUGGGGCGGCGUUUGGGAUCACGGAGCUCUUGGAGGACAUUGAAGCUGAAGGUGAUGAGUCUGUUGUAGUGACAUUGGUGCCGAGAACAGGGUGUGAUGAAGUAACUAUUGGCGAGAUUAAGAUUCAGCUGGUUCCCAUUGCUUAA